AUGUCUUUCUCGGCGUGUAUGGCUCAGGUGUACUUCUUCUCAUUGGCGGCUGCGGGUGACAUUUUUGUGUUGACCUCCAUGUCCUAUGACCGAUACGUAGCAAUCUGUAAGCCAUUACAAUAUUCCUUGAUCAUAAGUAAAGAUGUAUGCAGUUUACUGGCUCUGUGUCCCUGGCUUAUAUCUGCUGUCAAUGCAGCACUAAAUGUGUUAGUUACAUCUCUGUUGUCCUUCUGUCCCGCACAAAGUGUUGACCAUUUCUUUUGUGAGCAGAGGACAUUGUAUGCAGUCACCUCCAGCGAUACUACAAGCCAAAACAUACUUCUAGUAUUUCAGGACAUGUAUGUGGCAUCUUUACCUUUUUUACUUAUUAUAACCUCCUAUGCGUUCAUCAUCUUCGCUAUACUGAAUAUUCAGUCCUCCGAGGGGCGACGCAAAGCUUUUUCUAGCUGCUCCUCCCACCUCACCACAGUGAUAAUAUUCUUUGGUCCAGUCCUUAUAUUGUAUACCAAACCAGAGUCUGAAAAUUCCAAGGAACAGGACAAGUUGCUGGCCUUGCUGUAUACGGCUGUAGUGCCAAUGCUCAACCCAUUUGUCUACACUUUGAGGAACAAAGAUAUUUUAAAAGCCACGACUAAUCUAGCAAGGACAGACAUCUUCUUUGUGAAAAAGAAAUGA